AGCGGGUGCAGGUAGCCAAAUCUUUGAGGAGAAAAGGCGGCUCGGACUGCAAGCACCGGACUCCCUCAGGUUGGAGCGCCAAGGAGCUGCUCUUCCGGACCCACCCGCCACACCUUCGCGCCGCCUCGGCCCGCCUCUCCCCCCUCCUUGGCUGGGCGCCGAGAGGAGGAGGAGGCGCUGCUGCUGCCGCUCUUGUCGCCCGGCCCCUUGUCCCUGCCUGGCGUCGUCGCCGCCGCCGCCCACCUCCUCCCUUCUAUCUCCGCACAGAGCAGAGAACCUGCCCGGGAAAGCCACCGGCUGUUGGGCUUGCAGCUGCCGAGCCUGGAAAUGGCGGCGGGGACGACCUGAAGGGGGCCCAGAACGAGAGCGGAGCGCGCCGCGCCGCAGCUUCCCGUGCGCCUUGCGCGCCUCUCCGCGCCAAGGGGUCGCCAUGAGGCUCCUCCGGGCGCUGCUGAGGAGCGUCUCCCCGGCCACUAUCCCUCAGCAGGUGGACUUCUACUGCCGCUUCUCCCCGUCGCCCCUCUCCAUGAAGCAGUUCCUCGACUUCGGAUCUGACAAUGCAUGUGAGAAAACUUCAUUUAUGUUUCUGCGACAGGAGUUGCCAGUAAGAUUAGCAAACAUAAUGAAAGAAAUAAGUCUGCUUCCAGACAACCUUCUCAAAACUCCUUCCGUUCAGCUCGUCCAGAGUUGGUACGUCCAGAGCCUUCAGGAGAUCCUUGAUUUCAAAGACAAAAGUGCAGAAGAUGCAGAAGCUGUUUCUUGUUUUACAGAUACUGUGAUAACAAUCCGGAAUCGUCACAACGAUGUCAUUCCUACCAUGGCUCAGGGCGUGAUAGAGUACAAGGACCACUAUGGUGUUGAUCCAGUGACCAGUCAGAAUGUGCAGUAUUUUUUAGACCGCUUCUUCAUGAGCCGUAUUUCAAUCAGAAUGCUUCUUAAUCAGCACACUUUGUUGUUCGGGGGGAAAGUCAAGGUCAACCCUGCUCAUCCCAAACACAUUGGAAGCAUUGAUCCUAAGUGCAAUGUGGUUGAAGUCAUAAAAGACGGCUAUGAAAAUGCAAAGACCCUUUGUGACCUGUAUUACAUGAAUUCUCCAGAACUUGUACUCGAGGAGAGAAACGUAAAAUCACCAGGGCAGCCCAUGCAGGUGGUGUAUGUCCCGUCACAUCUCUACUACAUGGUUUUUGAACUUUUCAAGAAUGCAAUGAGAGCUACAAUGGAACAUCACGCGGACCGAGACAUUUACCCUCCAAUUCAUGUCCACGUCACAUUAGGCAAUGAGGAUUUAACUGUGAAGAUGUGUGAUCGUGGUGGUGGUGUUCCUUUGAGGAAAAUAGAUCGGCUGUUUAACUACAUGUAUUCAACUGCACCCCGUCCCCGUGUUGAGACAUCGCGAGCAACACCUCUGGCUUUAUCAACAGAAUCUGUUGAAAGACUGCCGGUAUAUAACAAAGCAGCUUGGAAACAUUACACAGCGAAUCAUGAAGCAGAUGACUGGUGUGUCCCAAGUAGUGAGCCAAAAGACAUGACUACAUUCCGCAGUAUAUAGCCAUAUGGGACAAUAUGUGGUGUGCAGAAGAUAGCCUUAGUACACGGUUCAUGUUAGGACUGUGUAAGUCUGGUUUACUACAGUACAGCUCUAAUAUUUUGUAUGGGGGAGCACACAAUUUGACUAAACAGGAGUCAGAAAACCACGUCUUUUCUAGAGCAGCGUUCGUUUAAAAAAGUGAGUAUGCUAAAUUCAUUUCAAUCAUUCCAUCUUAAAUUGCUUCAGCAGGUAGAUCUGGUGUAUCAAGUUCUAGAUUUUAUAUAAAAAGGUCAGUGCACAGCUUGUUCAAGUAUUGUACAAUUUCACUUGCCAAGCAUUCUAAUGAGACUUCCAUGGAAAACUUAGUUGAAUUAAAUAACUGCAAUGUUGUAAACCUUAUCUGGGAAUCAGUUGCACUAGCACAGACAGCAUUACAAUGUGAGAAAUACUAGAUAAAACGUGAUCAUGCUCUUUUUCUAGGAAUCAAACAGUUUGAGCCUUCUAAUAUUAGACACCAUAGUUCUUCUAACAAACCACAUGCAUUUAAUUUCAUACAUGAUCCAGCUUGAGUUUCAUUAAUAUUAAUUUGGAGGUUUAGCACAUAAUUAAAUAUCUCCCACUAAAAUCAGUGGCACUUGAUAACAUUUACAUUUGGCUAGCUUGUGCCUUGUGUUUUUACCCUCUGUAGGAAGUUUGAAUGAAAAUCUCAAAUCUGGUAGUGCAUAAAUAUGUUAUUCUUUAGAUGGAGUUCCAAGAAUGAAUAUUUGCCUCUCUUCAGAAUAUUCAGGCAUAAUGAAUUGGAUCCCAAAAAUGAUGAGUUGAACUUCACUCAUGUAGUGGGACUUUCCUGCCACCACCAAAGUUGGUUCUGAGAAUUGAAGGACUGUCUGGAAUGGCAUAUGAUGGGGUACAGGGGCUGUAGUGGGAUAGGGAAUUAUGGAGAAUUCAGUGGGGCUGACUUGUGGGAGUGCCUUGCCACACGCACAGGACAUCUCUGGAUCCAGCCCUUUUAUAUCAGCAGUUGCAAUUAAUGCAAAAACACUGAACAUGAUCUGGACAAAAUGGAAUUGCUGGAGAGGCUUAAGCAAGUCCUCAAUUCUCCUGUUGAAAUUAGUAGUAUGUGAAAGUGCUUAAACUUUUGAUGAAUUUUGCUUUUCAGUAAAUGAAAGUUGUUAAUAAAGCACAGCCUGCCUCCUAAUUUAAUGCCACUGAUACUUGCACUGAUUUUUGCAAAAAUGAAACAGGCCUCAGGUUGUUAAGAAAGUUUGGACAUUAUGCACAUAGUACUUUUGACAUCUAAUUGCUAUGGCUAUGUUUCUUUGCACUAUUAUAGUAUUUCUUUUAAAAUAUUUGGAUAUGUUCAGCUUCUUAAGAAUGAAAAGAAACUGGAGCAAUAGUUCUUUUUAAAAAUGUGGUAUACUUUCUGAUGUUUCUUGCUGCUCUAGCCUAUUAAAUACUUCUAUACAUAUUUAACUUCCUGUUUAUGCUCUAUCUUCUAUAAACAUGUGGCCAGCUGCCAAGUAGUAGAAUGAAAGCCAUUUAAUUUCACUGAAUUCAGCCAAAUUCUGGGGUAUUUGGUAGUAUCUAAUACUGUUCAUGGUAACUUGCAAACUCAACAAGAAGCGGAUGAACAGUUGCAGCCAUUGUGAACGUAAUGCCAGUAUUGCAAGGAAUAAUCAAGACAGGAGCUAUCUAGUAAGUUGUGCAUACAUUAUAGAAAGCACAAUUGGUAUCUAUCUGAAGGGUAGUUUCCCAUUGGCAAAGCAAAGCCUAUUGAGUUGGGUUAUAGUUCCAACUGUUGGUUGAAGGUAGAACAAACAUUUUGGGAAGUAAAGAGCUCCCACAAUCUAGUUAGCAGACUUGCUAAGCCCAAAGUAGGUCACAGGAGCGAACCUAAAAUGUAAGUAUAGUACAAGAAACUGAGAGAACAAGGAUCAGCUAGGCCUGACUUCCACGUGUGUAUGUCUGUCUGUCUCUCUAUAUAUAAUAAAAAUUCAGAUUACUGCAUGGGAAUGAGUGAAUAUUAAAGUUGCAGUCAUUAAAAGUAGGGUGCAGUAGCCUUGUGGUGCUAAUGAAAGCUACCCUUAAGGUAGGUACCAAUUGGUAUUUUUUCCCAACUGACAACACACGGCUAUAUAGAUGGGAUGUACCAAAAAUUACCCCCAACUAGGCUGGGACCCCCACUCCAGCAAAGAAAAAGAAUUUUUUUGAGAGAGAGAGAUGCUCUUACCAAACGCUUCUUCAGCCUAAGCACAGGAACCAAUUUUACAGUAUCUCGUGAAGGUACUGGGAGAAAGAUCACACAGAGAAA